AUGCAUGCACAUUGAAUUUGUCAACAAUGCUUUAAUUGCUAUAUUUCUAUUAAUAUUACACAAAUAAGUACAAAUUCUGAGCAGUUUUGUUAAUAAUUGAGUACCGACAUGGCUCAUAUAUCAUAUCCUUUUAAGAAAACAAAUAAAGCAGUUUAUAAAAAGCCAGCUUCAGUGGUUACAGAAGAUGUAGUAUAUUGGAAGAAAUUAGGGUUACCAGUUCUGGUAAAAGAAUUUGGGGCUAUAGACUACAUCGAUUUUAGUCCAGUCGAGCCAUAUUAUUUUGCAGCUACGAGCUCUGUUAGAGUUCAGGUAUACGAUCCUAUAACUAAAGUUGUUGCCAAAAAUAUAUCUAAGUUCGUUGAGGCUGCUUAUGGGGCGACAUUUAGAAAUGAUGGAAGACUUAUUGUUGCUGGUAGCGAAGAAGCAGCAGUAAAAUUGUUUGAUGUACAAUCAAAAAAUGUAUUGAGAGUUUUUACUGGCCAUACAGCACCUGUACAUAGAGUAUGUUUUACAAAAGAUCAAGUGAAAGUAGUCAGUUUCUCCGAUGACAAAUCUGUGUGUAUGUGGGAUAUAGCCACCGAAGCUAAAGUGGCUAGUUUUGCUGAACAUAACGACUACAUAAGAACUGGAACUGCAAGUCCUAUAUCUCCAGAUAUAAUAUUAUCAGGUGGAUAUGACCAUGCAGUCAAAUUGUAUGACUGCAGGUCAAAUGAAACAGUCCUCACAGUAGACCAUGGAAGUCCAGUUGAAUCUACACUCUUUUUGCCUUCAGGAGGUAUAUUCCUUAGUGCCGGUGGCACCGAAAUCAAAGUAUGGGAUAUAUUCAAUGGUGGAAAACUUCUAGCGAAUAUAUCCCAACAUCAUAAAACCGUGACAACUUUGAGACUCGCCAGCAAUAAUAGUAGACUCAUGUCUGCUUCUUUGGAUAGGCAUGUGAAAAUUUACGACAUAUCUACUUUCAAAGUGGUACACAAUAUUGAUUUUCCCAAUGCAGUGCUCAGUAUGGAUAUAUCUCAGAAUGAUGAAAUAUUAGCGGUUGGUAUGAUCGACGGUGUAAUAUCUAUAAGGAAGAGAGAACAACCUAGUUUUAAAUCUCAAGGCAAGAAAGGAUUGUUCAAAUUUGCCCCUGAUCAUGUUGAAACAACUUUAGGUACAAACGUAGCAGCAGCAGAUAUGGUUGUUGCUAAAAAGACAAUUAAAAGUGCAGAAUUUGAAAAGUACCUUAGAAAAAUGGAAUUCACUAAAGCAUUGUCUAUGGUUCUAAAAACGUAUGUAGCCACAAAGUAUCCAGAAAAAACGAUAGCCCUGUUACAAGAAAUGAUAAGAAGGAAAGUUCUACAUCUAGCAGUACAUGGUCUAACAGAGAAAGAUAUCGGCUCUUUACUCAAAUUCUUAAAGAAGAAUCUGGGUGAGACUAGAUUCACAAGGACAAUUAUUGAUACAGCCAAUGUAUUUGUUGAUGUUUUUGACAAUCAAAUCAAGCAAUUCUCAGAGAAAAAUCUAUAUUUAUACACAUCAUUACAGCAGGAAAUAAAAGAUGAAAUUGAAGUUUGUAUAAGUGUGAGUGAGUUGGAAGGUGCAUUGAGUUUAUUAUUUGCCGGUGCGCAAAUCGGCUCAAAUGUGGAAACUAUAGAAUUCAGUGACAACAUGGCUCCAUCAACAAAAGCCCAGAAAGAAAUUAUUAUUGAUGUUUAAAUUUUUAAAUAAAAUUAUUACAUAAA